CCCACAAUGUAGUGGAAGAAGAAUACAUCAAGAGUUCAAGAAAACAAGACACAUCUCUGAUAUACCAUCCAGCAGAAACACUCAGUUUGCUGUUCGGAGCAUAUUUCCUGAGUCAGAGUUCCAGUGUUCUCUGAGAAACGAUGGCGUUGUGGACUCUCUAUCUGUCUCUCGGUCUUCUGGUCGCUUUGAAUGCUUCAGCGGAAACAAGUUCUGUUGGAUUUAAACAUUGUGGCACCUGUCUGGCAGGAUGGACUUCCUAUGGAUGCAGAUGCUUCAAGUUUUUCAAUGUCCAAUACAGGUGGAUUUCAGCCGAGUAUCUGUGUUUGGCCUAUGGUGGGAACCUUGCUUCUGUACACAGCCAUGCUGAGUACGUGUUCAUAAAGAACCUGGUUAGACAAACAACUCUUGCAUCAACACGUGCCUGGAUCGGAGGCCAUGAUGCUGUUGAGGAGGGAAAAUGGCUCUGGAGUGAUGGAAAAAGAAUGAACUAUCAAAUAUGGUCUCCUGGAAAUCCCAGUAAUUAUCUGGAAAAGAGCACUGCCUUGAGAUCAACUAUGACAAUGGCAACUGGAAUGAUGACAACUGUUCUGUACAGAAGCCCUUUGUGUGUGCGAAAUGAACCAGCAUGUGAAGAAUCAAUGUAGAAGAAACAAGCUACUUUGAUUCAUUUACUUUCCAUUAGAAAUGUUCAAUGGAGGUUAAUAAAUGUGUUAAAAAAAAGGUUAAUUUUGUUAAUUAUGUUUGAUUUUUUUGUGAAAGAUAAGUUAAACAUCCUUUUAUAAUCAUCACUCCACGGUCUCUCUCUUUUCACACAAACACAACUUAGAAAAUGUCUGCCAACAAUAAAACAACAACAAAAACAAACAAACAAACAAAAACAUGCAGAUUAGAAAUAAAUAAUUAAUUAAAAAGUCAAAUGAUAACUUGAAAAAGUUAGUCACCAAAUAUAUUAAUGGCACUCUUAUUUUGUGUCUUAUAUCCUGUACCUUCAAUUAAUGUCAAGUACUUUCUCCUAAACCAAGUAGUCUAUAUGAUAUAUAAACAUUUUUUUUUUUUUUUUCAUAUGCUGCAACUUUCCCCAAUUCUGUAACAGGAGUUGAAAUAUGAUUGACAGCUUGCCCACCCUGUCAGAUCCAGGGAAAUAAUUUUUUUUUUUUUUUUAUAAAACAAUUUUCUAGCGUUUAAUAUUUCUUCAAUUAUUUUAAAUGUGAUUUGUCAUGCAUUAGAACUCUAUUGUAAUAUUAAUAAGAAUAUGCUAUUUUUUUUUACACUUAAGUGGGAUUUUAUUGAAUGAAUGAUAAAAACUAAAAUGAUCUCUCACAGCCUCAUUUUCAUUCACAUCAUCUUAAAUGGGCAACGGUAAAUGGCACAAGGAAUACUGCUAGAGAGGAAAGGUUAUUUUUUAAUUCAAGGAGCAAUAACAUACAGUGUCAUAUCAAGGAUCAAUAUCAAAAAGGAGAAAAGGAAAAAGAUAAAAAGACAAAUUACAACAAAUAGGGGGAAGUAAAUUUAAACAAGUUCAAUGCAAAAAUUGAAAAUAUACAUACAUACAUACAUACAU